AUGUCAAAUCCUAGAAAUUCUAGACGUUAUCUUUCUAACGAUAGUGAUGUUGAAGAUUCUGAUGAAAUUGAACCUUUGUCGGUUUCUUUUCAACGUCCUUUAUUUAGAAACCGUAAAUAUUCUCUGGACUUGCCAGGCAUCGUGACAUCAAAGUUAACGCAAGAACAACCAUUAAAAUGUGGUGUCGGAUCAAAGUUGGUUGUAGUAAUGACUGGAUUGCCUGCGCGUGGCAAAUCAUACAUUGUAAAGAAACUUAAACGUUAUUUGUCAUGGUUGCAGUAUGACACCAAGAUUUUUAAUGUUGGAAACUUACGUCGUAACACUGCUCAGUUGAUCAAAAAUGGUUCUCAUUCACAUUCAUUUUUUGAUCCAGCUAAUAAAUCCGCAAAGAAAGUUAGAGAGCAGCUUGCAAUGGAUUGUUUGGAUGAGUUGAUUGAUUGGCUAAAUAAGGGUGGCAGAAUUGGAAUUCAUGAUGCCACAAACUCAACAGUGGAAAGAAGAAGGAAAAUAUUGGAACGUUGCCAGCGUGAAACUACUUUCAAAGUACUUUUUAUUGAAUCGAUAUGUAACGACAAUGAGGUUUUGGAAAAAAACAUGCGUCUCAAACUCUCAGGACCUGAUUAUAGAAAAAUGGAUCCUGAAAAAGCAUUGGCAGAUUUUCGUAAACGUGUCUCUAAUUAUGAAAAGGUUUAUGAAACUAUUAGUGAAGAGGAGGAAAAGGCUGAUAUGCAAUAUUGUAAAUUAAUUAAUGUGGGUAAAAAGAUUAUUGCACAUAAUAUACAAGGUUACUUAAGUGGUCAAUGUAUAUUCUAUUUAAUGAAUUUUAAUCUUUCCGAUCGACAAAUCUGGCUUUCAAGACAUGGCGAAAGUACAGAUAAUGCUAUAGGAAAAAUAGGUGGUGAUUCACCGUUGUCCGAAAAAGGUCGUAAAUUUGGUGAAUGUCUUUCUCGUUUCAUUUUUAAGCAAAAAGUGCUUUUUCGACAAAAACAGAUGGAUGAAUAUCGUUCAGCGUCAACAUCAUCGCUUCCAACAUCAGUACCUCAAGUAAAAAAUUUCUUGGUUUGGACGAGUAUGCUGAAGAGAACGAUUGAGACAGUAGAAAAUUUUGAUCAAAGAGAAUUUGAUAUUAUGCAUAUCAGAUUCCUUAACGAAAUAUAUGCGGGCCUCUGUGAAGAAAUGUCUCAUUCCGAGAUAGAAAUUAAGUACCCGGAAGAAUACAGUGAACGUAGAAAGAACAAACUUUAUUACCGUUACCCAGGAAUGGGUGGUGAAUCUUAUUUAGAUGUUAUUCACAGAAUAAAUCCGUUAAUUGUCGAGCUAGAAAGAAUGACCGAUAAUAUAUUAAUCGUCACGCAUCAGGUCGUGCUCAGGAUUCUAUUGGCAUAUUUUUUGGACGUUGAAAAGGAAAAGGUUCCGAAUAUGGAAGUUCCAUUACAUACAAUAUAUUGCUUACAGCCUAAAGCAUACGAUACCGAAUUGAAAAGGUGGAAGUAUGACGAAGAAAAAGAUGAUUUUUUUCCAGUAGAAUAG